GAUAGGGUAAUUUUUCUAUUCCUAGCAUUUGAAUGUUCUUAGUGCUGAAGCUUUGCUGCCGGCCGGUUCGAAUCGGCUUUUUUCAUCAGAAAGCAACGAGUCUAUCGGAUCCUUGAGGUGGGAAGCAAAGAACGAGAUUAUUUUAGUGAUCCUCGCUGGGAGAGGUACAGAUUCGUGGGUCAGGCGGAGGAACAAUGGAUUCCUGGGCCCGAAGGUUCCGUACAUUCCCUAAUAAUUCACCCUUUCACUGGAAUCACACUGACCGUGAUACUACUAAUUGGUUUAUGAAGGGGGUGUGCCUGUCUCCUUCCCAUCGCCCAAAGUGUGAUUAUUGUUCUGCUUCCUGGGUAGAAGUCCCUGAGGACUUGGCCUGGGUGGGUCUCCUCAACGAGCUUCUUUUCUGAGCAGGAACACCUUCUAAUGUGGGCCAUUGCAGGAAAUUGCUCGCCAGUCCUAAGUGCAUUUGACGCCACCUUCCACCGCCCCGAGAACUGCAGCAGAGGACGUUUCUCCUUUCGCUCCAGAGUGCUUGGAAUAUCUUGGUGGCGACAGUGACUACCUGUUGACCCUAAGAGGUCUGGACAGGAUUUUCCGCCACGGCAGCCAUCCCACCUAUUACAUCCCUAUUUUCUGUGACUUGUGUGCUACGGUCUCUGCACGCCUGCAGAGGCAUUGAAGAUGCCUUCUAGCACCGAGGCGACGACCGGUGAAUGUGACGACGCGGAGCUCCAGUGCCGGGUAGCCGUGGAGGAGCUAAGUCCUGGGGGGCAACCUCGAAAACGCCAGGCUCUGCGCGCUGCAGAGCUGAGCCUAGGUCGAAACGAACGCCGCGAGUUGAUGCUACGACUGCAGGCACCUGGACCCGCGGGGCGGCCACGCUGUUUCCCGCUGCGCGCCGUGCGCCUCUUCACCCGCUUUGCUGCGGCUGGGCGCAGCACCUUGCGGGUCCCCGCCGAUGGCCUGCCUGGGGCUGGCUCAGUGCAGCUGCUGCUCUCCGACUGUCCCCCGGAGCGGUUGCGCCGCUUCCUGCGCAUGCUGCGCCUGAAGCUGGCGGUCGCCCCUGGACCGGGACCCGCCUCUGCCCGCGCACAAUUGCUCGGCCCGCGGCCUCGAGAUUUUGUCACCAUCAGUCCAGUGCAGCCAGAGGAACUGCGGCGUGCUGCGGCCACCAAGGCUCCAGAUUCUGCGCUGGAAAAGCGGCCAAUGGAAUCCCAGCCUAGCACGGACGCUCCAAGGUGGCCCCUGCCUGUGAAGAAGUUGCGCAUGCCCUCCACCAAGCCGAAGCUUUCUGAAGAGCAAGCUGCGGUGCUGAGGAUGGUUCUGAAAGGCCAGAGCAUUUUCUUUACUGGGAGUGCAGGGACAGGAAAGUCCUACCUGCUGAAACAUAUCCUGGGUUCCCUGCCUCCUACUGGCACUGUGGCCACUGCCAGCACUGGGGUGGCAGCCUGCCACAUUGGGGGCACCACGCUUCAUGCCUUUGCAGGCAUCGGCUCAGGCCAGGCUCCCCUGGCCCAGUGUGUGGCCCUGGCCCAUCGGCCAGGUGUGCGGCAGGGCUGGCUGAACUGCCAACGUUUGGUCAUUGAUGAGAUCUCCAUGGUAGAGGCAGACUUCUUUGACAAGUUGGAAGCUGUGGCCAGAGCUGUCCGGCAACAGAAGAAGCCAUUUGGAGGGAUCCAGCUCAUCAUCUGUGGGGACUUCCUACAGUUGCCACCAGUGACCAAAGGCUCCCAGCACCCUCGAUUCUGCUUUCAGGCCAAGACCUGGAGGAGGUGUGUGCCAGUGAUUCUAGAGCUGACUGAGGUGUGGAGACAAGCAGACCAGACCUUCAUCUCUCUACUGCAGGCGGUGAGGCUAGGCAGAUGUUCGGAUGAAGUGACCCGCCAGCUCAGGGCCACAGCCACCCAUAAGGUGGGACGAGAUGGAAUUGUAGCCACGAGACUAUGCACCCAUCAGGAUGAUGUGGCCCUUACCAACGAGAAGCGGCUGAAGGAGCUGCCAGGUGAUGUACACAGCUUUGAGGCUAUAGACAGUGACCCUGAGUUAAGCCGGACCCUGGAUGCUCAGUGUCCUGUAAACCGUGUCCUUCAGUUAAAGCUGGGGGCUCAGGUCAUGCUGGUGAAGAACUUGGCAGUGUCUCGGGGCCUGGUGAAUGGUGCCCGAGGAGUCGUAGUUGGAUUUGAGUCAGAAGGGAGAGGGCUUCCCCGGGUACGGUUCCUGUGUGGCAUCACCGAGGUCAUCCGAACUGACCGCUGGACAGUACAGGUCACCGGGGGACAGUACCUCAGCCGGCAGCAGCUUCCCCUACAGCUGGCCUGGGCAAUGUCCAUCCACAAAAGCCAGGGAAUGUCUUUGGACUGUGUGGAGAUCUCUCUGGGCCGUGUGUUUGCCAGUGGUCAAGCCUAUGUGGCUCUCUCCCGGGCCCGUAGCCUCCAGGGUCUACGUGUGUUAGACUUCGAUCCCAUGGUGGUUCGAUGUGACUCCCGAGUGCUGCACUUCUACGCCACCCUUCGGCGGGGCAGGGACCUCAGUCUGGAAUCCCAAGAUGACGAGGAGGCAAACUCAGAUCUGGAGAACACGGACCCAAACCUCUGACCUCGGCUGAAAGAGAAGACAAGCUUUUUAGCUUUUUCAUGGGUCAAGGGAUUAGCUGGGGAGAGGCCCGUGUUUUUCCUCAUCCAGCCUCUGGUAGGGUUAAUGGACAGUUUCCCAUCUACUUAACUAGCUUUGCUUCAGCUUCACCUAUUUCCCUGGAGAAAUGACUUCCAGGGUUAGAAGCUAGACAGGGUAAUGUUUACCAGAGGGCAAAGUUCUCUACAAAGGCUGGAACACACAGCCACAGAGUUCCUAGCUGCAGACCGAAGAGGCCUUGAACACACAGCCACAGAGUUCCUAGCUGCAGACCGAAGAGACAGUGCUGGCAGCAGCAGCCCCUCGACCCCACGGGGCCUGUCUUAUUGACAUUGCCUUUAUUUAUUUUGUGUGCCCGUGCAUGCACAGCACAGCGUCUAUGUGAAGAUCAGAGGACAACUUGAGGAAGUUGGUUUUCUCUUUCCCCAUGUGUGUUCUGGGGGUUAAAUUCAGGUCACAGGGCUUGGUGGCAGGCCCUUACACCUGAUGAGCAAUCUUGCUACCAGGGUCAGUUCUAAUUUUCCUUGUGUUAUUAUAAGAAAAUAGAUAAGGCUGAGUACUUUAUAAAAAAAAGAUUUAUUUUUAAUUAGUAUAAGCUCACAGUUCUAGAAGAUUAAGAACAUGGAACCAGCCUAGGAUCGGCUUUGCUGGGGCUUGACGGUAGCCGGCAGGCAUCACAUGGCAAGGACACGAGCUGGCAGGAUCAUGCGAGACAAACAACUGAAGACAGCAGUUGUGGAGAACAGCAUUAAUCCAUCCAUAAGGGCAGGACCCCCUUGCCUUAGUUACCUCCCAUGCUCUCCAUCUCUUAAGAGUUACAUCAUCUUUUUUUUUUUUAAGAUUUAUUUAUUAUUAUACAUAAAUAAGUACACUGUAGCUGUCUUCAGAUGCACCAGAAGAGGGCAUCGGAU